UUUGGCAAACGGGUCAAAGACAGACCCAGAAUGAAGAUAUUCAGCAAGUCUCAGUCUCUGUUGUAGCCGAGGCGUUAUCAUCCGUUUUUUAGCUGAGCUCUCAGGCACACACUAGCAAUAUCAUCAACUACCUCCUCCUCUAGCCCUAAGAUUUUUAUAGGAUAAGGCGCUAAUACUAGUUGAUUCGAAACACUAAAAAAUAAUCUUAGAAAUGGCACACUCAUGCGUCUCCUCAUCGGCCUCUUCCCUCAGAUUCAGCUCUCUUCCCUUCUCGCCAAACCCUUCAGUCGGCUCAGCUCCUGAUACCCACAAGCUCGCUUUCGCCUUCCACCCUCUCCGUUCCAGGAAAUUGAGAAAGUUAGUCAGUGAUAGGAAGACUAUCCAGACAUCUUCACCGAAGGCUGUUUACUCUGGUGAGUUUUGGGCGCCUGAGAGAAGUUCGCGACAGGGGAUUUGGUCUAUAAGGGAUGAUGUGCAAAUCCCUUCUUCACCCUACUUCCCUGCCUAUGCCAAUGGAGCUCAAGCUCAAGGACCACCACCGAUGGUGCAUGAACGGUUCCAGAGUGUUAUCAGUCAGCUUUUUCAACAUAGAAUUAUACGCUGUGGUGGAGCUGUUGAUGAUGAUAUGGCAAACAUUAUUGUUGCUCAACUUCUCUAUCUCGAUGCUGUUGAUCCCAACAAGGAUAUUGUUAUGUAUGUGAAUUCUCCUGGAGGAUCAGUUACAGCUGGCAUGGCGAUAUUUGACACGAUGAGGCAUAUCCGACCUGAUGUCUCCACUGUCUGUGUUGGACUGGCAGCUAGUAUGGGGGCUUUUCUGCUUAGUGCUGGGACCAAAGGAAAAAGAUACAGCUUGCCAAAUUCAAGGAUAAUGAUCCAUCAGCCUCUUGGUGGAGCUCAAGGUGGGCAAUCUGACAUAGAUAUCCAGGCAAACGAAAUGUUGCAUCACAAGGCAAACCUAAAUGGGUAUCUCGCCUACCACACUGGUCAAAGUCUUGAGAAGAUCAACCAGGAUACAGAUCGUGAUUACUUCAUGAGUGCGAAAGAAGCCAAGGACUAUGGGCUCAUUGAUGGUGUUAUCUUGAAUCCUCUCAAGGUUCUCCAGCCUCUUGCAGCUGCAGCAGAUCAACAAUGACACGUCUAGCGUGUAAAAUUCUCGGUUGUUGUUACUUUAAAUUGUAGAGUUGAAUGAGAUUGAUCAAGGAAGACCCUGAGUUUGUUUUUAUGAUCAAGAAUAUUGAUAUCUAUGCUCCAGGGAAUUAUAGAACAUGCUUUUCUGGUAGUUCAGGGCCUUCAGGCAGAGCCUUUUCUCCA